AACAGGUCACAGACAUUUGUAGUCAGUGUUUGGACAUUUAUUGUUUCUAGUAGCCUGUUACUAUGCUACUGUCCAUAAUUCACCAGAGCCGACUGAUAAUCGGAAGAUGUCCCUUCAAGAGAAAAAGGUUAUCGACGAGGAUGGGAUUCGAACCCACGCGUGCAGAGCACAAUGGAUUAGCAGUCCAUCGCCUUAACCACUCGGCCACCUCGUCAGUUGGCAAUGUAACAUGUUCUUCAUUUUCAAAUACAAGCUCCAGACUAAAGAUGGUAGAUUCUCAGUACUACCUCCCAAAUGACAUUGGUAUCUCAGCACUGGACUGUGGUGAGGCCUUUCGCUUGCUCUCCCCUCAAGAAAAGAAAUACGCCCAUUACCUUUCUCAAGCUGCCUGGUAUGGUGGCCUUGUGGUGCUGUUGCAGACAUCUCCAGAGUCUCCAAACAUUUUUGUGUUGCUGCAGAAAGUUUUCAGAAAGCAAACGCCUGCACAGUUGGAAAAGCUUGCCACUUCAGUCGGUCUUAGCUCUGAAGAAUACCAGGCCUUUUUGGUGUAUGCAGCUGGUCUAUAUGCCAAUAUGGGAAACUACAAGUCCUUUGGAGACACCAAAUUCAUACCAAAUCUACCCAAGGACAAGUUCAAGGCCUUGAUUUGGGCGAGCCUGGCUUUUCAGGAGCAGCCCGCUGAGAUGAAGACUCUCUGGGACAGCUGUGCCUGUCUGCUUUACUCUCUAAAUGACAAACAGAAACAGCUCGGGCUCGGAGACAAGGGCAUUACAACCUACUUCUCUGGGAACUGUGGUCUGGCGGAUGCAGAGAUUGCCCAGAAGUUUCUUGACUCAAAAAAACUAUCUGCAUACAACACCCGUUUGUUUAAGAAAGAAGAAGGAGGAAAAACCUGCUAUGAAGUGCGUCUGGCCUCUGCUGUGAAGCAAGACUGUGCAGUAAAUGGAGAAUGUGAGUCUUGUUGUGGCACUUUCUGUUUCGGAGACAAAGACUUCACUGUGACCAGAGGGGACUAUGCUCCUCUGAUGGAAAAGGUCGCUUUCUACCUCCAACAAGCUCAGUCAUAUGCUGCCAAUGAAAACCAAAAGAAGAUGAUUGAAAAUUACAGGCGUAGCUUCACAUUGGGCUCAGUCGAUGCCCAUAAAGAAGGCUCUCGCUACUGGAUCAAAGACAAGGGGCCAAUUGUAGAGAGUUACAUUGGUUUCAUUGAAAGCUACAGGGAUCCCUUUGGGUCAAGAGGGGAAUUUGAAGGUUUUGUAGCGGUGGUAAACAAAGCCAUGAGUGAGCGUUUUGCGAGGCUGGUGAGCUCCGCUGAGGUGCUCCUGCCGGAACUGCCGUGGCCCAAAGAGUUUGAGAAGGACACAUUUCUCAAACCAGAUUUCACUUCACUAGAUGUCCUCACCUUUGCUGGGAGUGGGAUCCCAGCCGGUAUCAACAUCCCCAACUAUGAUGAUAUCCGACAGUCAGAGGGCUUUAAGAACGUGUCUUUAGGAAAUGUGCUCUCUGUAGCCUAUGCCACAAAGAAAGAAAAACUCACUUUCCUGAAAGAAGAUGACAAGGAUUUAUUUAUUAAAUGGAAAGGCCCUUCAUUUGAGGUGCAAGUUGGUCUUCACGAGCUGCUGGGACAUGGCAGUGGGAAGCUAUUUGUCCAGGACGAUGAGGGCAAAUUCAACUUUGAUCAGAGCAAAUUAAUCAAUCCAGAAACUGGUGAAUUGGUGUCCAGCUGGUACCGGGGCAGUGAGACGUGGGACAGUAAAUUCAGUACCAUCGCCUCUUCCUAUGAGGAGUGCCGCGCCGAAUGUGUUGGCCUAUAUUUGUGUCUUAAUCCACAAGUGCUCAGCAUUUUCGGCCAUGAGGGUCAGGAUGCGCAAGAUGUGGUCUACAUAAACUGGCUGAGUAUGGUCCGAGCUGGUCUGCUGGGUCUGGAGUUUUACACGCCUGAGAGCAAGAGCUGGAGACAGGCCCACAUGCAGGCUCGGUUUGUGAUCCUGAGUGUUUUACUGGAGGCUGGAGAGGGGUUUGUUGGUCUGCAAGAAGUGACCGGACAAGACGGAAAACCAGACGCUGUGAUCACACUGGACCGCUGCAAGAUCCACACUGUGGGCAAGGAUGCCAUCAACAGGUUUCUUCAAAAACUGCAGGUGUUUAAGUCAACAGCUGAUGUUGAGGGAGGAAGGGCUCUCUAUGAGAAAUACUCCACCGUCAGCGAUAGCGGACCUCACAACUUCCUGCGUCUCAGAGAAACGGUCCUACUACGAAAAGAGGCUCGCAAAAUGUUCGUCCAGGCCAAUACCAAAGUCAGAGGAGAGGAGGUGGAGCUGGUGGAGUACGAGGGCAGUGCAGCCGGUCUCAUCACCUCGUUUGUGGAGCGUUUUCAGGAGGACACUGAGCAGCUGGAGGAACAGCUUCUGGAGCUCAGCAAAAGAGAUGCCCCCUGCUGGUGCUGAUCCACUCACCUUCAUUUGUGCAAGAUACAAACUGAAAUCUGCCCAUUUAAUCUCACACAUCAACAGAUGGAUAAUUUUUAAAUACAUAUGUGAUCAUAAGGGAGCACCUCCGUGUUUUGGACUAACCUUGAUGGUUAACUUGAAGAUGCAGAUAAACCAGCACUUAUUCAGUUACGGUUAUUUUAACAAUCGCUCUUCGAGUAUACAACAAAUUGUCAAUGUUUCAGUGAUCAAUGUAUGCCUUUUGAAAGGUGAUGGUGUUCCUUGGACACAAACCUGCCCUUAUUUUUACAUGUACGAGUUCAGAAAGCAUUUAUAAACAUUACAUAAUCACUCAUUGUAUGUUAAAUCUGCACAAAUAAAGUCAUUUGAUACAAAGUUUAAUAA